AUGAGGUUAUACUGCUGUUUAGAACCACUGAAGAAGGGAUUCGAGGAUGGCUGUAGGCCAAUAAUAGACCUGGAUGGUUGCCAUCUAAAGGGGAUUUAUAGAGGACAGUUACUAACUGCCAUUGCUGCAGACCCGAACAAUGGAUGGUGGCCUAUUGCCUGGGCAGUUGUGGAGAGAGAAGCAACUGAGCAGUGGACUUGGUUUCUCAAAUAUCUAAGUGAGGACUUGGAAAUCGAAAAUCAGUGCCACUAUACUUUUAUAUCAGAUCAGCAAAAGGGGUUAGACAGGGCACUUAGUGAUGUUCUACCUGGAUGUGAGCACAGGUACUGUGUGCAACAUAUGUACCGUAAUUUCAAGAAAAAGCAUUCUGGUUUGGCUCUUAAAGAUAGGAUGUGGAAUAUAGCAUGUUGCACAACAGUGAAAAUGUACGACAAAGCAAUGGAAGAACUUCAAACUUUUGAUAAGGAUGCAUAUGAAUGGGUCAAGAAAGCUCCUCAUCCUCGACAUUGGUGCAAAGCAUUCUUUCCAACUCACAUGAAGAGUGAUAUGAUAGUGAAUAACCUAUGCGAGUCCUUCAAUGCUCAUAUUAAAGAUGCAAGGGACCAACCUAUCAUCACAAUGUUGGAACUGAUAAGGGAAUAUCUUAUGGGUAGGAUCCAAAGAAGACGAGCUGCAAUGGAGAAAUACAAGGGUUCCACUGGACCUUUAAUUAAUGAGAUUGUUCAGACUAGGGUCAAACAUUCAAGUCAGUGGAUGCCCAUUUGGAAUGCACUGCAUGGCUAUCAAGUCAAGGGUUCAAGAGGAGCUCAAUUUGCAGUAGAUAUGCAAAAAAAAUAUUGUACUUGCAGAUUAUGGGAGGUUAGUGGAAUUCCCUACUGUCAUGCAAUUGCUGCUAUCUUCAUGCGAGAAGAGGAUCCUUACAAUUAUCUGGAUCGUUCUUAUAGCAGAUGCCUCUUCUUCAAGAUUUAUGAGAAUGUUUUGCAGCCAAUUAGUGGCGAGGAUCAUUGGCCCUCAUCCACCAUGCCUGUGUUGGAUCCACCAAUACCAGUUACUCAACCUGGUAGGCCUAAAAAGGCCAGGACAAGGAAUGUGUCUGAGGGGGGGAUCAUGGCUCAACCGAGUAAUCAGCAGAGGCAGCAAUCAGUAGAAAAAGAGAGGCCACAACAAACGCAGCAGGCUAGCGAUGAAACUGGACAGCAACAUCAACAACAGAGCCAACAACAUCAUCAUUCACAGCGAAGAAAAAACUCAGCUACAAAGCCGCUUACUGAUGCAGAAAAAGGAGCCAUUAAUGCGAACUAUACUUAUUUGGGUAAAGAACCCCCAUUCACAGUUGACAACUGGAGGGGGAGAUGGUGUGGAAGAGGCAGAGGCAGAGGCAGAGGAAGAGGAAGACAAGGUGCCAGAGAAAUGGGAGAAGAAACAGCUACUAGAAGAGGAACUCAGCCAUGA